AUGGCGGGCAAACUGCGGUGUGUCAACACCAAGAAGUCGAUCAACGUGUCGCAAGACUACGACACCAGCCCAGCGCCCGUCGCCAACCCGCAGCGACCAGUCCGCACCAGCAGCGACAAAAGCAACGCCAGCCUCAUCUUUUCGCAGACUCGAAGCGCGACCUCGCAGACAGAGGCAACGACCUCCGCAAUGAAGGGCGCCAAGUUGAAAGCUCCGUUAGCGAAGCAAGGCAGUGCAGUUGAGAGACUGAAGGCACGGCGCAGCCUCAGCGCCACGCAAGAGGCAGACAACAACGACUCCGCGGAGCGACCUGUGCAGGCGAAAGCCAUUAGCAGUGCAGAUCCUGCUCCGAAGCCUGCCACCACCGACGAUACCAUCAACAAGCAAGGGCAGCGGCAGUCCCUCCGACUGCUACAAAAGGAUGAGGGCUCGGAGCUUCGUCCAGCUGGACCCAGCCAUGAUGGGGAGCCGGGAGAGCAAGAAGUUGUGGAGCAAAGUGAGAAGAAGCAGAACUCACCGAACGUCUUACCGGCCGGCUCCACGCAAGACAAUGCCAUAGACCUCUCGGACGACAACGAGUCAAGCCCUCCGCCCGAGCAGAGCCCAGUGGUGGAACAGGCACCACCAGUUCCCAGAGGUGCGCCUCCGAAGACUCCAGCGGUCAAGUCUAGCCCGCCAAAUGCUGCGAAAUGGGACGAAGCUGAUGAUAGAGAUCUGUUCGGCAUGAUGGAGCGCUCUACGCGAAAAGCCAAUAUCAUCAAUUUCAGCAAAUCCGGUCCUCGUAAUCAAGGCGUCUCAAAACACAGAACACCCAGACCACGGAACGCCAAGGGAGCUCCAAGCAGUCGUCACGGUCGCUCGUCUGGGUCUCCCUUGAAGAAGCGCUAUCUGGAGAAGCAGAAAGAACCCGUGAUUGGCGCGAGCACUCAGCAUUGUGCCGGAGCUGCGCAGCCCAAGUCCAGUAACGUUGCAGACAAUCUCAGCCAGGCGAUGAGAGAACUCUACCCCAAGCCUCCAAAGCAUGCGGAGCAAAUGUUCGUUGACUCCAAGGAACUUCAACAAACUGCCGCACCUCCUCAGGUGACAGGUGGUCCAUCGAAGUCGCAGCUUUCCAGAAAGCCCAUUGGGCCAAGUCCACCCAGACCCACAACUGUAGUAGCCGAUAGUCUCCCGCAGGAAGAUCAAGACUACGAAGGGGAUACUCUGGUCGACUGCGAUGCCCCUGGUGACAAGGUCGCGUCUCCCCCACAUGCCAUCGAAAAGCCAGUGCCUACUGUGAUUGCGGAUGUCGCACCUACAGUGGAAGCUGCAGAGAAGCCCAGAUUGAAGAUGUCUGCGCCAGCUGUGAUUGCGGACGUUGCAGCGCCAGUCGAAGCUGCAGAGAAGCCCAAAUUGAAGAGAUCUGCGCCAGUUGUCGCGGAGCCGUCCAAACGAGCAAAGAAGCAAAUCAAGCCCGCAGAUCUCGGAACCGUCGUGGAUCCUCCGCGUAUCCUGACAGCAGGCAAAGCGCCUGUGCCGCGAGACGCCGAUCGGAAGCAGACUCGGGCGAGGAGACUGGCCAGUAAACCAACCAGGAACGCAUCGCAAGCUUCGCAAACAGUGGAUUUGAAUGGCAGUCCCGUUCCUGAAGGGAUGAACAUGAAGAAUAGCGAAGAAGCCGUUUUGGAUGCCUACUCGCGGCAGAGUCUGGGAGAAAGCGGCAAACCAACGCGGCGAGGGCAUGACACACCUGGCAUGGACGAUGCCGUUGACGAUAUUGGUGGUGGAAAUGCGUAUACUGCACCACUAUCGCAUCAGCCAGAGAUACCACACCUUAUGUCGAGCAACAUGAAAGCAGUUCCCGCCUCGCCUCGAGCGGAAUCUACAGCGCUUACCAGUUUCAAAGCAUCGCCAACAUUGUCGAGGAAGAUGCUUGAGAAGCGAGACAGCAUUGGAGGGCUCCACGAUCCAUUCACCAAGAGCAAGGCACAAACAGAAGACGCAAUUGCGAGUCCUAUGACCAAUCUGGAGGGCAUCCUGAGUCGUCAUCCGUAUCAGAGCUUCACAAGACCGCCGCGAGAUACUGCCGUAGCUCACGGGUUGCUUGACGCAGAAGAUGAUGAUGCCGACUCAAGUACGGAGAGAGAAGAGGAAGCCGAAUUUUCUUCUGUCCAGAAGCCCAAAGUCGAGGCGUUCGCCAGCAGAAAGGUUGCAGGUUCAAAGAUCUCUGCUACUGCAGCUCAUGUUGAGCCAUUGCCGGCGAGUCUCAUGCCAUCUAUGGCUCAGUCUGAUGUGGCACGGCCGAAGAAGCUGCCUAACCCGAAGAAGGUUGCAACACCCUCCCGUGGUCGCUCAAUUGCUCGAGAGCUUGGCCAGCAGAUUUACGAUUUCCAAGGCAGUGCGACGGCUGUUGCGGAAGAAGAGCAGAGCCUUGGAGCGACUCUGGUAGCGCACGAGGAUUCCAUGAAGGAGCAGUUUGAGCGAAUCCACAAGAUCUCGAGACCUACAGCAGCCUUUUCGAGAGCUACCACGAGAGAGCCGCAGGAAUUGAACGACGCGGAAGAGUGGGCUCUGUCUCUGAAGCCACGACAGUUGAGCUUGGUCAACCAAAUGGUUGAAUGUGUACAGCAGCUUACGCAAUACAUGUUUGAUCAGGAGCGAGGGACCGAGGAAAUGCUUGAGGAGUACCACCGCCGUAACCUGUACUUGAUCGAGCAGGAAGAAAAGCAGCAAGUCAAGAAGUACCGCCAGAUGCAGAGAGACUUGGUCCUGCGCAAGAAGGACAAGUUCGGCGAAGCAGAGCUAUACCAUCGUAACCUCGUGAGAAGAUUCGAGGAGUUUGAACGCGAGACGAGCCAGUACGAGAGGCGUAAGGCUGUAUGGGAGGCCGGGAACGAGGAAAUCGAGGCAUUCAUCAUGGACCAUUCGUAA